AUGGAGUCUGAAGCAGAGGUGAAACCGGAAGUUAGUGUGGAGUUCAAACCAAAACUAGGACUUGAAUUUGAUUCUCUUGAGGAUUCGUCGAAGAUGUAUAAUCGGCUGUCUAUGUGGAUUAUGUAUCAUUAUGGUUAUCUUUAUGCACCGUACAACACAUAUUCAACAUCAUUGUAUUAA